AUGUCGUCGAAUGGUGAAUUUUCGACGAUGUCCAGCGAGGAGGUACCUUCGUUGCCAAAAUCCUUGCCAAGCUCGCGGGAGGCGACGGCCGAGGGUAGUUCCGGUUCCAGCGGCGGUUACAUGCCACUUCGAGAAUUCUUGGAUCGAUUCUCGUUACCGAGAGUGGUCAGGCUCGAAGGUACCGGUGGCAGGCCGGUGUUGCUCUACAAACAACAACAGAGAUCGCUUCGAGUCACUGCAACUCUAUUGAUACAUCGUUAUCGGCACGAUGUCAAAGUGGGACCGGAAAUAGUUAUCCCGGAAGGUUACCCAGGAUGGUUUUCUGUGAUAUCUGGCAACAAUACAACUGGCAGCGCGAGGGUCUACAGAAGAAUGGAUUCCUUGGUGCGAGCAGGAGUACCAGCGUUUCUUUUAGCUGCGCCUUUAAGGGCAUACAUUUUAACGCACUCGAAAAUGGGAAUUAAGGGAUUGACGGUUGCAUUGAAAACUUGUCGACUAAAUGUGUCUGCCCCAGAUAAUGCUAUUCUACUUGCAGUUUGUUUGGAUCCACAUGGUCGCGAAGUGUUUGCACCUUUGUCAGCGAGAGGCGAAUUUUAUGCUAUUUGCCAGAACGGAAGUAUCGAUACCGGAAGCGAUGCAGUGUUGUACAAGGUACAUCACCUUGCAAAAAGGCCGUUGCCCCUCAGGGUUCGUUUGAUAGCCGGUCCGCUUCCCGUACCACUGCCAAAGGAAUAUGGCGGCUUAAUGCAGUUGGAGAGCUCAACUCGAGGUCCAAUUGUUUUAGGAUGCAUUGUACCGGAACGACCAGUUCACAAUCCUGAAAUGCUUGAGUUGGUUGUGACCGGAAAUGGUGCCCCGAGAGUGAGAAGAGCGCGAUUAGGUUAUCCCUCUGAAGCUAGACUUUUGGCAUCGCCGAAAAUGCAACGAUUACUAUCUGCCUGCAGCCGGGCUGUCGGAGAUCGUGCAACGGAACCAAGAGUGGCACCUCUGAAACUGCAUCCAGUUGGCGAAAAUCUCAAGGAAAUGCAUUUGAAGAAGAUCAAACCGAAGCCGGAAACGAAACCGAUCUUGCAAAGCUUAAAGGACGGACUGGAACAAUUGAAACGAAGCACUGUCCGAGAGAAAAGUCAGACAAGGCAAAAUUGUCGAAACGGAUUUUUAGAUCGAAUUUCGAAAUUCGCCCAAGGCAAUCGUAGUAGAAAUCCUGCCAAAAAAUCGGCUUCGUUCACAUUCGCUGUGAAACCGGAAAUCGCUAUGAGGUGUCAAGAACGUUAUUCAAGUUUGGAGCCCGAAACUACCUCUCAUCAAAGUCAUUCAAAUUCUUCCAAGCAACCUGUACAAAGAUCGGCUUCCACAAGCGUUUUGGAAAUGCCGACCAACAUUGAGUUACAACCGAAUUAUUCACGUGUCAGAGAUAGUCUUACGCCAGUGCCAUCCCUGCCCAAAUUAACCAGGACCAAAGCUGAUGACAUUUACGCGGAAAUUUGCGAGAACGCGGCUGCGCAGGUCCAGAAGUGUCCCGGAAGUCAUGUGAUGGCCAGGAUCAAAAUUGUUGUGAAAGGUCGCGAUUCGCCCAUGGCUCUGCCAAGCAAGAUUAGUAACGAUAGUAGAUACGCAAACUCUAUGGUAACGAACGAACAAAUUGAUUCGAUUAUCAGCACGGAAGAUGAAGUUAUUUACAACACGAUAUUCUGAACGCAAAGAAUUUUAUUAUUAUAAGUUA